AUCACGUCUCUGCUCUCGGGUCAUUCUUUUCUCUCCUGAGCUCCUUACGUCAUACCUUUACAGGCAACGCCUCUUGAAAAUACAGCAAUAUGCUCUUACCUUAGCAUAGCUGAAGCAGUAACGAUUUUCUCGCCAUUCUCUCUUUCUCUCUGCCAUAUAAAAUCUGCUACGACAGAACUCUCCUUCGUCGUAUGCUACGCCGCGUGUCCCGAAGCAGCAGCAAUUCCAAAAGUUAAUAAGAAGAACUACGCCAGAAAUAAAAACCCACGUCGAUGGAGCAAGAAGCCCGUAGCCGCCUCCGUGUAGGCUCAGGCGACCCCGUGUGGUUAACCUCCACCCGCACCUUCGCCCUCGGCUCCGUCAACUACCUAGUCUCCUCCCAAUCCGAAGCCGUAACAGUCGACCGCCAAGAACCCACCCUCUGCACCGUCAUCAAACCCACCCUCGGCACCCCCAUCACCGCGUCCUACCUCCGCACCCUCGUCUCCUCCUUCACCGCCACCGACGACGUCUUCCGCCCCGAGUUUCUCGCCGAGCUGCUCUUCCUCGACCCGCCCGGCGCCGGCGUCGAGAUGGGCGCCGACGCGCAGGAGCAGCUCGAGGCGUUUGGCACGCGCUGGGUCGUGUACCUAGACCAGAGAGCGGUGCCAGAUCUGCAGCCGGGGCCGUACGUGAUUAUGCAGAAGAAGCUGUGGAAGGUGUGGCGGGUGUAUUCUGAUUCCACGGGGGCGCUGAUCGAGGCGCUGAGGCCCGGGGAGAUGAAGGCGAGUGAUGCGUUUGAGAGGCUGGAGGUGGGAGGGACGCAUGAGGGGAUGAGUGUUGCGGUGCCGUCGCGGUUAGGGUAUUUCGCGUUUAUGGGGGCGCCGCUUGCGGGGUUGAGAGUUAUUGUGAAAGACAACUUUCACUUAAAGGGAUUGAGAACAAGUUUAGGUAACAAGGCGUAUUUGGAGACGUAUCCGCCGAGAGAGAAGACGGCGACUUGCAUCCAGCAGUUAGUGGCAGCUGGGGCCGUCGUUGUAGGAACGGCGAAGCUGGUGUCAUUUGCAGCUUGGGAGGAGCCGACGCAGUGUAUUGACUACCAGGCCCCUUGGAAUGCGAGAGCGGAUGGAUACCAGUCUCCAGCUGGCAGCAGUAGCGGCAGCGGAGCAGCCAUUGGAGCGUAUGACUGGCUCGAUGUUGCUAUAGGAUCUGACACUAGUGGUAGCGGUAGGCGUCCUGGGUUAUGGAACGGCUGCUUCGCGAUGCGUCCAACUUUUGGAGUCGUUCCCCUGGACGGCUUUGUCUCGAGCUUCAAAAUGUUCGAUACCCCUUCUUUUUUAGGGCGGAACCUGCUUCAGAUGCGGAAAUUCGCUUUAGCUUGGUACGGGAGUCGGAUAUCGACGAAGGGCCUGAAACCUAUUUCAGCAUUAAUCUGGCCUUCGGACUACUGGGAAAGUAUCAACCCGGUCCAGCGAAAGCUAGCUCGUGAGUUCGUCGGUGAUCUGGAAACGUUCUUGGGUGUCCAACAAGACCAAGUCUCUUUCGCUGACGAAUGGUCAAGAGCACCGCCUCGAGAAGCCGCCAGUGAUUCGCAGAGUGACUUCAUGAAAGAUGCGACAAAGGAUGCAUUCUGGUACGACGAUUACCACGCACUUGACGACUUUCGAUCCGACUACCGCAGCAAAUUCGACAAACAACCAUACGUUAGCCCACCAGUUCGAACACAAUGGGAAUCCGCAUCAAAAAUAACUCCCGCCCAACGCGACGAAGCCGUUCGCCGCAUCAGAGUCUAUCGGGAAUGGUUCCUUUCCAUGAUAAUGGCCUCCAAAAGCCGCAAUGCUCUCGUCAUCCUACCAAUUGAGGACGUAUCCCCUCGGUAUCGGGACCAGCCGCCACCUCCAUUCCCUGCUCCGUCAGGCGUGACGACCCUGACGUUGAGCUCCAUUCUAGAAGCACCGGAGCUCGUCAUACCGAUUGGAGAGAUCCCUUACCAAUCGGUGGUUAGCGGGAGAGAAGAGAGGCUGCCGGUGGGAGUUGGGCUGCUAGCUUUACCUGGUAGCGACCUGAUGCUGAUGGAUCUCGCUCGUGGAUGUCUAGAAAAGGCAGGAAGGCCGGUGAAUCUGCACACAGGGCGGUUUAUGUUCAAAAAGGAGUAGAUGGAGAAAACAGAAAACCCAUUCGUGUCAUUCGUUCCUACAUACGCCGCGAAGACCUCUUUGUACUAGCACGGAUAAUAUAAUAUACAUACCAGUGGCAGCCUUGACAUCAGCAUUGAGCACUCAAGAUGAUGAUAAAGAGAAACGGUAUUGUAGAACAUGAACGCUAGCUGUACUUAUAAAAUGAAAUGAGCGACUCCCACAUGAACGCCAAUGAUGCACCGAUUACCGGCUU